CUAUAUCCCCCAUGGUAAUUGUUGACGAGUGAGAGAGGUUUUUAUGCCCAGGCAAGAGUCGCGUAACAGUUUUCGAAUUCGAAUCUAAACUCUUGCCCGGGCUUUUCCUCUCUCACUCCGUCUUUCUCUCUCUAAGAUAAGCAAGAAACAACUACAAACAAACAAGAAUGAUAUAAAAGACAGAACAAAGAAAGCACAUGGGUCAUUAAUAAUCAAAUCGCCGUAAAAUAAAAAAGUUUCUUGCAUUCAUCGAAAAAUUCAAGUGUUUUUAAUUUUUAAAACUUUUAAGUGUUUUAACAUUGGUAGCAGAGCGAAAAAUAAAUCAUCUACGGAAUCUGGAUUUUAGCACGUGGAUGGAAAGUCGUCGUCGUUUGAAUUUUUAUUAAGGAAUUUUAUCAAAAUGAUGGGGGCGGAAACGGAAACAGAAAACGGUCUUGGAACACCUUAACAUAAGUUUCAUUUUUAAAUGUCAAAAUGCUCAAAUUUUGAUUUUUGAAAAAAAAAACUUAAAAAAAUGUUUAUUUUGAACCAAAAUAGCAUUUUAUUUCCCGGGCGAAAAGGAUAAAUCGCACAACUAACAUUUUUAACAAACUGAGAAAAAUCGAUUUAAAGUUUUUUACGGUUUUUGAGCUGUAAAAAUUUUUAAAAAACUAUUUCUUCAUUUUUAAACUUACAAAAGUAAAUAAUUGGCUUUAAAAUUAAACUUUUAGAAAAAAGAGAUUAUAAUUAUCAAAGGGAGAUUUUUUUAUGUUAGAAAAAGCCGUAUUUUUCAGUUGAAUAACAAUUAUAAAAUUCUCUGUGAAUAAGUAUGAUGUAAAGGCAAUGCCAGCAACUUCCAAACCCAGAGCAAAUCCCAGUUCGUCAAGAAGUGGAGUGCCAGCAGCUCCAAUGUCUGAACGACAGCAAAUGGCAUUAGUGAUGCAGAUGACAUCUACAUCGCAAGGUGAGUUAAGUCCAGGAUCACAUGCACCAGCUAGAUCUCGUGAUAGAAAUGAACGCGGUGAAACUGCUCUUCAUGUAGCAGCAAUUAAGGGAGAUCAUGAAAGUGUUAGAAAACUAUUGGACCAAGGAAUGGAUGCAAAUGUUACUGACUUUGCAGGAUGGACUCCUUUACAUGAAGCUUGUAAUCACUCACACUAUAGUGUGGCUAAUAUAUUAAUCAAAGGAGGUGCUGAUGUCAAUGCUAAAGCUUUUGAAGAUACUACACCACUACAUGAUGCUGCCUUAGUAGGGAAUCUUAAAUUAGUGAAAUUGUUGAUUGAAAAAGGUGCAGAUCUACUUGCGAAAAAUCGCAAGGGCAAAACUCCUUGCGAUAUGGCAUCAUCAGCUGUUUAUAGUUACAUGAAUCAAGCUAAGGAAACUGCGAUGAAUCGUUGUGGUCAACAAUUAAAAAAGGUAGCUGCUGCUACAUCCAAUUCUGAUACAACAAAAAAGUCUUCAAAUACAUCUGCCAGUGUCUCCGAUGCAACGGAAAACAACGUUAAUAUUAUCGGUAUAAACAAUACCUUUGCUAAUACUGCUGCAAAAGAAGACAAUGAUGUAUAUGAGUUUGACACAACUAAAGAUUUAAUAAAUCAAAAUCAGGAUGAAAAUAUUGAAGAAAAAUCUGAACACUUAAUUGCAGCAUUUAAUAAAAUCUCUGAUGAUCAAAAACAUAUAGAAAAUGAAACUGCAGGAACAAUGACUAAUGCAAAUUCAAAUCCGGACUCUUGUUCAAAACGCACGUAUAUAGAAAUAGAGGGAAAUGAAGAUCAAUUGAGUUUAAACGAAAGCGAUGAUAUUAAAAAAAAGAGGCGAAAAGAAAUAGAAUCAUGUGGAAACAAUAAAGAAAUUCUAGGAACGUCGGCAAAGGUAGGUUGUACUGUACGAGUCCCUGUAAAACAAGAAAAAGUCGGAAAAACUCCAGGUCCAGCUUGUAAAACGAUUCAUUCAAGUGGCAAAACUACAAUAACAAAUGACGUAAAAAAGAGUCCAUGUUCAAGUCCUAAGUUAACAACAACAUCAAAGUCUUCGGACAGCGACAAUGAACUAGAAGAUGGAAGUAUUAAUGAUGGACCAAAGGUACCACCUCUGAAAAUUGUCAUACCGCAACAUGCAGGAGAUACUGGAGAUUUAGGAAAUUUGAGAAAUGGAAAAAAUUCUUCAACGAGGAAUCAUCCAUAUGUGGUAGCUUCAAACAGCAAUGAAUCGACAGCCGACAAAGAAAGUUCGAGCUCUCGGUGUAAUAGUCCUGUUGACCCUUUAAAAAAUGAUGAAAAAUCUGACAAAAAUUUGACAGAACGUCCGCCACGUGUGCUUCGAAGUUCACAUCGCACUGGUGGACAAAGUAGUUCUUCAGCAGAUCGCAGUUCUAAUAAUUCUUCGCCACAACCUCAUAACAACAGCUCUACUCCUUCACCCGCACCACAAAUUAAUGAUGAAAAAGGCAGCAAUAGUCAGCAAAUUGCAAGUCCAACGACACAAUCCAAUAAUGUAGAAAAUGAGAAAGAACUAAAUACGCAUUCCCUAAUUACUUUGAACAACACGAUGCAUCAAUCAACAGUGAAUUCUAACGAAUUGCAUCCACGUAAGAGAAAAAUUAAAGCUAGUAAAGAACAGCAACAAACUAUGGCAUCUAUUCAAGAUACGAAAUUCGAAGAAAAAGCUUCGGAUAUGGAAGUUCAUCCGCAUGAUCAACCCAUUACGAACUGCUAUCAAAUGUACAUAAACUUGCGAAAACAAAUUGAUCGUAGGCUUCGUUCUCUAUUCCCUGUUCAACCAAAACCUCCGCAAGGAUUUAAGGACUAUUUGCUAAAUCGUAGAACUUAUGUUUUGCACGGUAAAACUACAGAUCAAGUAAUUACAAUUCCAUCUUCAAUUCAUACAUCAAUGAAAGAACUCUUUGUGACACAAGAAAAAGAGCGCUAUAAAUUGAAAAUGCAACACAUCGUGGAAAAAGAAAAAUUGGUCUUAGCCGUGGAACAAGAGAUUUUGAGAGUGCACGGAAGAGCUGCCAGAGCACUAGCAAACCAAUCAUUACCAUUUUCAGUAUGUUCUAUAUUAAAAGAGGAAGAAGUUUAUAAUGUAAUUACUCCAGAACAAGAGCAAAAAGAUUUGAACGCACGAUCUCGAUACAAUGGAAGAUUGUUCUUAAGUUGGUUGCAAGAUGUCGACGAUAAAUGGGAAAAGAUAAAGGAAGCUAUGCUAUUACGGCAUCAUAAUGAAGCAGAAAGCCUUCAUGCAGUUCAAAGGAUGGAUUGGGAAUGGAAAUUAAAAGAAUUAUCACUGUGUGAAUGGAAAACUAAGCCAGAAAUUGAUGAAAUCAUUGUUCCUCAGGUACACGUUAGUGACGACUUCGAUCUGCUACCCGCUUAAGAACUGAUGCGAUGUAAUUUUUACAUACCUUUCUGAAGAUUGAUAAAAAAAAAAUACAGAAAAUUGUCAUAGACAAUUAAGCAAAUAAAAUAAAAAUAAAACAAAAACAUUUUAGUACA